AAAAAAAUUCUUAAAAUUCCUUAUUUUAAAAUAUCAAGUACCGAUAAACAUAUUACAGUAUUUAUUAUUUAAAAUGAGUGGAAAAGAAGCAACUUCAGCUCCCGAGAAAAAGAAAAAGGAAAGUAUUUUAGAUUUAACAAGGUACUUAGAAAAAGCCAUUAGGGUUAAGUUUUCUGGAGGUCGAGAAGUAUCUGGUAUUUUAAAAGGAUUUGAUCCAUUAGUAAAUCUUGUAUUGGAUAAUACAUUAGAGUAUUUACGAGAUCCUGAUGAACCUAUGAAAUUAACGGAAGAUACAAGAACAUUAGGUUUAGUUGUUUGUCGAGGCACAUCGAUUGUUCUAAUUUGUCCUGUUGAUGGUAUGGAAGCAAUUGCCAAUCCUUUUGUACAGCAAGACUAGAUGUUAAGCUAUAUUUAAUGAUUAAUUUAUAAUAAUUAUGUAGCUAGGUUUUUAUGAGUAUUUAUUAAGUAUUUGUAGAAAUGUAGCCUCUAUGGUUUUAUCAUUUUCCAUUAUGUUUUUCUAAAUUUACUUUUGUACUACACAAAUAAAAAUCUCAAUAAAAGAUACAGAAUAUUAAAUUUAAA